AAGACACCUCACAACCAUGACCGACUCUGUUCCAAAGGAGGCCACCCUCACGUCUGGCUACAAGAUACCCACUGUGGGACUCGGGGUGUACCAGAACACCCACUGCGCGCAGGCUGUUACGGCUGCGCUGAAGCACGGGUAUACCCAUGUCGACUCCGCUCGGCUGUAUCACAACGAGACGCAGGUAGGCGUAGGCAUCAAGGCUUCUGGCGUCGACCGGUCUACGCUUUUUAUCACCUCGAAGGCCGGGUCAAAUGACUUCGACGACACCGAAUCCGCAGUAUUAGACUCUAUCCAAAACCUCAAGUAUGGCCUGGAGGGCACGCGGGAGCCACUUGGCUCUUCGGACUACUACGACCUUUUCCUUCUACACAGUCCACACGGCGGGAAAGAAAAGCGGCUCAAGGGCUGGAGAGGCUUGUUGGAGGCAAAGAGGAAGGGCCUGGUUCGCAGUGUGGGAGUGUCUAAUUAUGGCCCAAAACAUAUCGAGGAGAUCCGAGAAGCUGGCCUGGAGCUCCCAGCCGUGAACCAGGUUGAGCUGCACCCCCUUGACCAGCAGAAACCCAUCGUGGAGUACUGCAAGAAACACAACAUCCUCGUGCAGGCAUACACUCCCCUCCUCCGGUUCAACUUCUCCGGGGACAAGAACGGCGUGAUUCAGAGUGUCGCUGACAAGCUCCAAGUAACCGCCGCCCAAGUCUUAGUGCGGUGGUCCCUCCAGCACGACUUCGUCCCGCUCCCCAAGUCUGAGCACGAAGAACGCAUCAAGGUGAAUGCGCAGGUAUACGGCUGGGAGAUUCCUGCCGAGGAUAUGGCUAGAUUGGACGCGCUCGACAAGGGCGACGAGGGGGCGGUCACUUGGAACCCUAUCCACCUCGACUAAAUAUUGACAGUUCAGGAAGCUUACCUUCGUGUAGAAGGAAAGGUUGGAAGCUGUACUACUAUAUAUCAUCAAUGCGUCCUUGCAUAAUCACUAUGACGUUGGUCCACGACACGAUGC